UAGGUAGGCCUGAUAUGCAAACAGAAUCCCAUGCACGUUUGCAAACGACCACCGUCACUAUACAUGUAUUCAUUCUUCUAAACCGUAACAUAAUAAUAGGCAAUUUUGAAAAGGAUGAUAUCGGUAGCUUUAAAUAAUUAAUGUCCUGUGAUUUUUGACGUGCAACGAAAUACCUUUGUCUUCCUGAGUCUGCCAUGCUGGAGGAAAUUUAUUAUGAUAUUGAGCCAAGCAAGCUGAAAUAUUGUCUAUCUAUUACUGAUGUGGAACGUGCAGGCGCCAUUCUGUUAGCGGGAACAGUGAACUUUGAAAUAUUGAACUGUGAAGACUGGAUAAUAAAAAGGAAUUUGAGUCGUUACGGCUGAAGCAUUUUGUCUCAGAAGGACCCCUUAAUGUAGUCCAUUAUCCCUGAAUGCCUGAUAUUUGAUUUUGGAUACAUUAUGCAGUUUUUAAGAUUAAAUUGGGAGUGACUUUACACUAUCCACCCAUUUUGAAUUCAAUAAGUGUUCCAGUGCAUUGCGAGAUAUGUUUCCAUUAGUCUUUGCAAUGCCAGCUCGUUUUAUGAGUGAAAGAUUGAAAUCGCAUACAUGGCAUACGGAAUGUGUUAUACGAAGAUAUAGGUCUUGUUGAAUACAAAAAGUGAGUAGUAGACCUAUUAGGCGCAUCUUAUAAAAAGCCAUAUAGGUCAAUGUUUAUGAGUACAUUUUUAAACAUCGAUAUGAUAGACUUAUAAAGGCAAAUCAGUCUCAGAAAUGUAUGUCAUCUUCUCGAGUGGAAUGGUUUGUACACAGGGUGGACGAAUAUUAUCAUGAGCAGGUUUGACUCAAAGUAAGAACGGCAUUCAUUAAGGCGAUUAGGAUGAUUAUGUACAAAGGACACCAGUGCUUGGUAUAGUGCGCAGUUUAUAGAAUGAAAACACUGAAAUGGAUCCGAAGAAAUCCUGGGUCUUGAUCAUUGUGCUUGUGGUAUGCACCCUGACCCUCCUCCUCCAUAAGAGUGCUAAAGUGAUGGAAAAUGGUCCGAUCCUUGUCCACCUUGAGCCAUCAGAACAUCUUGCCAACAUUUUCGAAGACACCCGGUUACUCGAUAACCCGGACACGCAUAACUUGCCUAAACCACAAGGAUCCGAAAAAGAGGAUCAUCGAUCUACUGCUGAUUCCAAAGAAAACGAAGAAGAUCUACUUUCGUACGUAUUUCACGGAUCACCAUCGGCAAAGGAUGUUUCUCAAUCGGAGGGCAACGAUACCGUCAAUGACGACAGUUCUAUUGCUGAUAUCUGGAGAGAAGAGGAGGAGGACGAUGGGAUAUGGCGAAUCUUCGAGGAGGAGUACAGGAAAAUUGAUUGGAAACGGAACAAGGAUGGCUUCAACCAAUGGAGGACAGAGCUGUCGAUGUAUGGUGUGGACUCUCGCAAUGGCUUCUUGAUAACCCAAGAAUCUGUGGAGGUCAAACAAGUUCUUCCGUUCUACCUGAGUACCCAGCAUACUUAUACCGUCAGUGAAUACUUCCUGUCUCUUGUUCCAAAGUCAUCCCCUUACAGCGAGAAAAGUUUGGGAAGGUGUGCUGUGGUCGGUAAUAGCGGUAACCUCAAAAACAGCGGAUGCGGGCGAGAAAUCGAUGCAGCCGAUUAUGUAUUCAGGUGCAACGUCCCACCCCUUGUUGAAUACGAAAAUGACGUCGGCUUGAAGACGAAUCUCACAACAAUGAACCCCAGCAUGCUAGACACAAAGGAAUACGGGACCAUAUCGAUAACGCGUGAGAUCGACUACCCGUAUAACAUGGUCCUGGAACCCUACAGUGGUGUCAUCCUCCUCCCGUGCUUCAGCCACUUCUUCUACCUUCGAAAGUGCCUCAAAGCAAUCAAGCAGUAUUACCUGAAGAAAGCUAAUAUGACUUUCCUUCAUCCAGACAACUUCAUAACCAUAUGGGAGUACUGGAAAGAUCGGCAAAUGACCAAUCUGCCUUCAACAGGAUUUUACAUCAUCAAUGUGGCGGCCACACUUUGUGACAGCGUGGACGUGUUUGGUUUUUGGCCCUUCGACAAGACUUCAUUGCGAUCAGGUGUCACCGAGCACGUUAUGUAUCAUUAUUACGAGGAAGGAAAAUGGCGCCCCAUACACGACAUGUACGGAGAAUUUGGACAGCUAUUCGAACUCCAUCGAGGAGGUGUUCUGAAGAUGCAUCUCGGAAAUUGCACCUCAAGUUGACGAAUAAUAUCUCAUGAGAUUAUACCGCUGGCAUUCUUUUCAGUUCUAAGUGAAAAUGCAGAUCUGGAGAUAUUUUCCACACAUUGUGCCUUCCGUCUUGUAUGCAUGAUUGCAAGAUCAGGUAUGCCAUCUAAGGGUGUCACUGAUUAAUUGUCUGAUUGCGCACUUAUUCAGAAUUCCUUUUCCAGGUACCUUGAUACCUACUUAUCGGCGAUAAAAUCACCAUUGUACCUCUUCGUUUCGGAAAGAUUUUACAGGUUUUCGAUCACAGCCCUGUAACAUAAAGCCCACGAUUGAUCAUGGAGCUGAUUUCUAGGUUUAAUCAUACACAAUAAUGAAAGCAAUCAAUCGUAGAAACCAGCCUCAAGAUCAUAUUGUAAAGCAUGAUAUUUAUAAUAUCGUAUGCAGGGCUCUGCUCUUUACAGCUUUAAUAGACAAAACAUUUUGCUAUUCAAAGGUCAACGCCCUAAUAUUUUGAAUUUGUAUGAGAUGAUGAGACUAUUCUUUUGGGGGGAAGAUAAAUGAAAAUGAAACAAAAAUGCUUUAAGAUACAAAACUUAAGUAAAAUGAACGGAUAAUACACUUGAUAUCAGUGAGUAUAAGUGUACGAGGGGCGUUUUUUGUUUUUGAUAAUCCAUCAUGCCAUUUUAUGUAUAUAUUUGAAAAGGCAUAUUCCCAUGAAUUUGCAUUAUAUAUCAGUUCACCGGCAAAGAUAUUAUUGUUAAAGAUUUGUGUUCUAGCAAAUCUUUCAUAAGUUAAUAAUCGGUAU